AUGUUUCCUUCAACACAAGAUUUGGAACCCAAAGCCAAACAAAUCGUAUAUGGUGCCGAUGGACAACCGAUUCGUGGGGAAAAACGUGGACGGGGCAAAGCGCGCACUACCACAGGCAAUGGAACACCAACAACUGGGGCACGCGGUCGCAAACCAUCAACCGCAAAGUCUAAUAAAGUAAAUGCCGCUAACGGCGCUGCUACCGCCACAGCAGCCGCUUCAUCACCCCGCCAAGCCACAGCGACUGUGACCACAGCCCAUGCGGCUCUAAGUCCAACAGCCCAAUCGUUAGCCACUGUUUUGCCGCAUCAAUCGCCAAACCCGAGUGCCACCCAGAACAGUGUGCUUCUGGGUUCUAAUCAGCAGCAGCAGCAACAAUUGAAUACGUUGCAGCAACAUCAACACCAGCAACAUUUACAGCAUCAGCAACACAGUCAACAGCAAGUUCAGCAGGUACAGUCUGCCCAACAGCUACAACAGCAACAGCAACAACAACAGCAUCAGCAGCAGCAACAUCAACAUCAUCAACAACAGCUGACGCAGCAACAACAGCAUCAGCACCAUCAACAACAGCAGCAACAUCAACUGCAACAACAUCAAAUCACCGCACAAAUACAAACCAUGAAAGAUCAACCACAACAACCGAUGUAUUUGUGA